CGUUGGGCCAUUAACAGAAAUGUUGCUGGAUUGAAUCCCAGAGCUGACAAGGUUCAAAUCUGUCGUUCUGCCCCUGAGCAAGGCAGUUAACCUCCAACAAAAACUACCGAUGACGUGGAUGUCUACCAACAUAUUUUUACAAGGGUGUCUAGAGUUUUUCAAUAUGUCGUGGAUAAGGGAAGGUGAAUUGAACCUCAUUGAGAAGCUCUCAGCCAACAUACUGAAGGCUGGCCCCAUGCCCAAACAUGUGGCCUUUAUCAUGGAUGGCAACCGGCGCUACGCCCGCAAGCGUCAUGUGGAGCGCCAAGAGGGACACACACAGGGUUUUGACAAACUGGCAGAGACACUACGCUGGUGCCUGAACCUGAGCAUCCAUGAGGUCACUGUAUACGCCUUCAGCAUCGAGAACUUCAAGCGGUCUAAAGACGAGGUGGACGGCCUGAUGGAGCUGGCCAAGCAGAAGUUCAUCAGACUGCUACAAGAACAGGAGAAUCUAGAGAAGCAUGGGGUGUGCAUUCGGGUGUUGGGAGACCUGACUCUACUGCCUCUGGACCUGCAGCAGCACAUAGCCCGGGCUGUGGUGGCCACCAGGACUCAUAACAAAUGCUUUCUGAACGUGUGCUUUGCCUACACCUCAAGACAUGAAAUCGCUAAUGCCGUCAGAGAGAUGGCUUGGGGCGUGGAGCAGGGACUUAUCAAAUCCAGUGAUGUGUCGGAGGCCCUGCUGGGUCAUUGUCUGUACAGCAGUAACUCCCCCAAUCCUGAUCUGCUCAUUCGCACGUCUGGAGAGGUGCGACUCAGUGACUUCCUGCUGUGGCAGACGUCCCACUCCUGCUUAGUGUUCCAGUCAGUCCUGUGGCCAGAGUACUCCUUCUGGAAUCUGUGUGAUGCCAUUCUGCAGUAUCAGCUCAAUCACAGACCUCUUCAGAAAGCCAGAGAUCAACACAGAGAGGGACAGGCUCUACAGCAGCAUGAGGCAGACCGGGCCUGUGUUGCAGACCUCCUACAGCACCACGGCAAUGGAAAGCCCCUGGAUGCCCAGAGGAGACAGGAAGCACUGCUCAACUACACUGCCAGCCGAGAGGAACGGGUUCAGGACUUCCUUGGUGCACUCCAGCACAAGAGAGACUCCUUCCUCACUGACUUAACCAGCCAAGCUGCUCUGGCAUGAAGAGGGGAUGAGGGGAACACAAUGCUCCCCAUCUUGAAUUGGGGGAGCAAUCACAUCUCUCCAUCUCUUCCCUAAAGGGCUGAGUGGUUUGAAACUUCUUAUUUUGUACGAGUAAGUUUACCCCUAUGGGGCUAUAUGUGGGAUAUUUAUGUGUGUAUUCUAAGUCUGAUCAAAGUCUAAUAAAAAGAUAAGUCUGGUAAAGA